GAAACUGAAUCACAGAAGACCAAGAUGGCUUUACUGGUACUUCUGGUAUACUUGAGCAUCUUGUCUGCAGAGUCUCUGUUCCUCAUUGGUGACACUAUGACAUUUAUCAAUAAAGGAAGAAAUCCAAAUGGCACAUUUCAGGUGGAAUUUCAAUACGAAGCGACUUAUUUUAGCUCUGGUAAUCUACCGACUUUCGAGUACUGCUACAAUGAAGUUUGCUACCAGAUGGGCACUGAAUUCCUAGAAGACGUUUCAGGUUCAGAUUCACAGUUUGGCAAGUUGUAUUUGUUAGGAGGAUCCACAGUGAUAAAUGCGCUCAGUGACAAACCAUUUGAUGUGAGCUUUUCUGGCUGCUGUUGGGUACACGACGAACCUGAUAUGAAAUUGCAGUUUAUGACUCACGUGGACCUGGGUGUGCGAUCCGACACUGGACUUCCCAACAGACUUCCGAUCACAGGGUCAAAUCUAAUGUUCAGUAUAUUAGGUAUUUAUGUAAUGUUUUCACCUGAUUUUUUUAGUCUCCCAUUAAACUGUCCCACAACUAUCAAGCUGCCAGUAUUUGACCCCGAUGGAGAUCGUAUAAGAUGUCGGUAUGGACAGUCCAUCAAUAACGAGUGCUAUACCUGUAGUUCUGACUUCACUGUAAAUGAGACAACAUGUGAACUUUCAGUUAAUGGUUCACUCAAAAUCUUAAACGUACUUGAACUCGUCAUCGAGGAUUUCCCACAACAAAGCAUUACAUUAACAUACAGUGAUGGGUCCUCCAUGAGCAAAGGAAACAGUCCAACAGAUGAACCUCUAAGCAAAAUACCACUCCAGGCUUCCUAUUAUAUGUAUGCAUUUUCCAGCUGUAUCUUGGGGGAUAUCAUACCUCUGUUUUUGGAUUCUACUCCUGUAAAUCAGGAAAGAAAAACUGCAUUUGUUGGUAGUCAAUUUGAGUUCAACAUCACUGCAUAUGCAUCACAAGCAAAGUAAGUUCUAAGUUUUUCUAAAUGAUUUUACAUUUUCAAAAAGUCUGUCAUGAAUAACUAGUUGUAAAGAAUCUUUCACUAUUUCAUAUCUCAUUUUAUUAAGUGCUUAGAUUAAUAUAACAUUUUAAUAUUUCUGAGUUCAUUAGAAGACAGUAUAGUGCAUGGAGUUACAUCCUGAUAGUCCUGGG